AUGGCAUCUUCAGAGAUCGAGAUAGUUUCAUCAGAAUCCAAACCAAUCCCAAACGAUGUCUCAGUCAACGUGAUCGAUGUUUUCUCUGCUUCUGCUUAUGGUGAUUUCGUUAAAUUACGCAAAUUUGUCGAAGAAGAAAAGGCUUCUCUUUCCACACCUGACGGUAAUGGUUAUUACGCUCUUCAGUGGGCGUCUCUCAACAAUUUCCCUGAUAUUGUCCAGUACAUAGUCGAGCAUGGGGGUGAUGUGAACGCAACCGAUAAUGUGAGGCAAACAGCAUUGCAUUGGGCGGCGGUUAGAGGUUCAAUUGCCGUGGCAGAUGUGCUUUUGCAGAAUGGAGGGCGAGUGGAAGCAGCUGAUGUUAAUGGGUAUCGGGCAGUUCAUGUUGCUGCUCAAUAUGGACAAACCGGUUUCUUGAAUCACAUCGUGGCAAAAUAUCAUGCUGAUUUUGAUGCACCUGAUAACGAAGGGAGGAGUCCUCUCCAUUGGGCUGCAUAUAAGGGUUAUGCUGAUACAAUUAGACUACUACUAUUUCGAGAUGCAUACCAAGGGAGACAAGAUAGAGAAGGUUGUACCCCUUUGCACUGGGCUGCAUCAACAGGAAAUAUAGAGGCAUGUACUGUGCUUGUACAUGCUGGUACAAAGCAGGAACUUGCUGUGAAAGAUAAAGCUGGUUUUACUCCUGCUCAGAUUGCAUCUGAUAAAGGUCAUCGGCAUUCCAAUGCACAGCGGGCGCAAAGCAACCACUGGAAAGAUAAAAUUUGCAGUGGCAAGAUGCGAGACGUCGGUUUUGCUCCAAUCUUAUUGUCCAUUUUACUCAUUCUCAUCUUCCUCUUCAUCAACUCAGUUAUUGCAGCUCCAAACCUUCCGAAGGUAACUGCUGCUGUUGGACUUUGGGGAUGGACUGCUAUUUCUCUAGCAUUUGUUUCAAUUAUUAUGCUCUACAGGUGUAGUAGGGAGACCUCUGGCUUUAAAACUAAAGUUCCCACAAGGCUAGUGCUGGAUAUGAAUGUCCAUCAUUAUUCUGCUUCAUUUGAUGAAUUUCACUGUGGUUUAGCAUAUGCAGUCAGUUGGUUUAAAGACCCGGGUUAUAUCAAAAGACUUGGAGAUUUGAGUAAAGAUACUGAUUCGGAGGAUCCCUUGCUGAGUAUUGAUUUGAACAACUCCUCAGUGUGGAUUGGAAAUUGGUCUCAACUUUGCCCUACAUGCAAGAUAAUAAGACCUGUUCGUUCUAAGCACUGCCCCACAUGCAAGCGCUGCAUAGAACAGUUUGACCAUCAUUGCCCAUGGAUAUCUAAUUGUGUCGGCAAGCCUUUGGAAAUGAAACCGUUGAUGUCACUUAACUCAUUAUACACAUUUUUUGACAUCACUAUUCUGCAAUCCAAAGAUGACAUGGAAGUCUAUGCAACUUCUGUUCUAUGGUCUAGUGACUGCCUUUUCUCUGUCAUGACAGGAGUUUGGACAGCUGCAGAGUCAUUGCAUAUUGAAGAAAGUUGGAUUCAUUAUGUGGUAGUUAAUCAUCCUGGUGUUGUUGCAUUUUUGGUUUUGGACAUGAUCAUUUUUAUUGCUGCCACAACUUUAACAACAGCUCAGGCAUCUCAGAUAGCUCGGAAUAUCACAACUAAUGAACUUGCAAAUGCUAUUCGCUAUCGAUAUCUUCACAGUCCAGAUGGACGUUUUCGAAACCCCUAUAACCAUGGAUGCCGAAAGAAUUGUUCAGAUUUCCUUAUUCAGGGUUACACAAACGAUGAUGAAAUUGCUUGGCCACCAUUGCAGCAGGUUGCCAGUUAG